AUGAGUGCAGCCGUGCAGACAUUGGCCACGGUCAUGGCGACCGACAUGAUUUACUACGCUGGCGACCCAACGGUGUUGACCGCGAAUGUGGCGAGCAACCGUAUAGUACAAACACUGCAGUCCUCGCGCUCCGACCAGCUCACGGCCCGCGUCGCCAUCCAUGCGCAGCUGCGCGAGGCCUUCAAAAGUGCCGAUGUGCAGCAGCGGCUCAAGCCUUUCCUCAGUGAUGGAGAAGACAUGCAGAUGUACGUGCAGGACGCCAAGGCUCGCGCCCGCUUCUUCUCCCAGAAGCAGCAGGAGCUGCAGCACGACAUCCUGCAGAGCGAGGAACAGCGACAGCUGAAGGAGGCGCACGGUGAGCUGGCCGCCUGGGAGCGCGAAAACGCCGUGCUGCUCCGCCACCAGAUGUUCAUGACAUACAUGCCGUCGCAGGCGCUGCUGCUAGAGAGUGCGGCGACCGUCGCCCUCUACCGCCAGUACGCCACUCUUGAGGAGGGCCAGUACACAAGCGACAGCAGCGACGGAGAAGUGCCGGCGAUGCUGAAGAAGAUGGGCGGCAAGGCGUACUUCACGCAGUCGGCACAGCCGUUCGAAGUGGACGCGCAUAAUAAGAUGUUCAGCCAACAGGUUCUACAGAACAAGCGAGUCGAGUACGAGCAGAUGCGCGAGAAGGUGGCGCAGCUCCGCCAAGCACUGGAGGAAUGCCCGACAGUGAAACGACUGGAGGCGUUUGUGGAGCUGCGUAACGACAUCUUUGCCGAGUAUGGCAUCGACCGCCUCGCCUCGCUGUGCAGCCGUAAGGACAAGGAGAUGGCCAACCCAAACGAGGGCGGCGUGGAUGCCAGCCUGCACGGCCUGCCUGCCGACAACGAGUACGUCUCAUCCAGCCGCGUGGCACAGUACUCGCUGCCCAAGAUCGUGGAUGCGGCCUACAAGAACUACCUCAACAUUCUCUCGAUGGAUGACUGGGAUGCAAUGAUAAAGCGCACGAACAGCAGCGCGCGGGAGGUAAUUGAGAAGAUUAAGCCCAUUAAAGACAAGGAGACAUUCCGGUACUGGUUCUUGUCCUGUAUCACGGCAGAUGUACCACAGAUGGGUCCGAACAAGAUCGUUGGCCAGAAAGUAACGACGCUGGAGGACUACAAGAAGUUCUGGGCACCGCAGAAGUCGAACUACGUCCCCUCCCUCACCUCCAGCCGAGGCAUCUUUGGCAGCAAAGUUGCCGACCGCCAUGGUCUGCCGCAUUUCCUCAUCUUGGCUCCCGUUACGUACCGCUACCGUGAGAACAACGACCCGAACGCCGUCAAGACCGGCACGAUUGAUCUUAUGGUGUACGACGCGACGAACGAGAAGGUACUGCUGAUGCUAACAAACUCGUCGGACGAGCGCCGCCCGCGGGCCGCCUUCCUGAACGCGCAGGAGGAACGCUACCGCUUUGCAGCCGUGGUGCGCUCGGCGAUCACUUACGAGAACCAGUACCAUGGAUUCGAGUGCGAGGGUACGGUGGCUGAGUACUUCUUCGAUGCCAAGGAGGGGCCGGAGGAGAACUACUACUGUAUCAUGGCCCCACACCGCGUCUACAACAAGCAGUCCAACAAGGUUGAGGUGCCGAUGAAGGCACUCCGCCCCUUUACGUCCUGCCCACCGCGCUACUUUCUUCUCGGGUCAAACUGGGGCGUGAGCGCCGGAACGAGCCGCAACCCGUACCCGGCCAGCUACGCGCAUGUAGAGCUGAACGAGUACGCCGUCUCUCUCAGCAACGUUAUCCCAGACGGCUUCAUCUCUAGCAAGGUGCUGCCACAACUACUGAGCCGCGCUGAGGGCAUACAGAAACUCGAGGAGGAAAAGAAACGUCAGCAGCGGGCGGAGGCGGAAAAGCCGCAGCCGUCGCCGCGCGCCUUGUCCCGCACCCCACGCGGCAGCGCGGCGACACCGCACCAGUCCACUUCCGCCCCUUCCCUCGACAACAACGCCGCUGAAAUCCUCGCUGAGGAAAACAUGCGCGGCCCGGGUGAAGAAGAGGACCCGCUGAGUCCUGUAGUCCCCAAGGAGGUGCUGCAACCGGUGCGCGACGAACUGCUGAAGCAACGCCCCUCCUGGCGGAGCCCCGCCUACAUCCAGCUCCGCGCACGCGACCCCAGCCUCAAGCAGCUGCCGGCCGUCAAAGAUGGCCACUUGCGCACCCCGCUGAGUGUCUUCAACAAUCUUAUGAAGGAGAAGCACGGCGAGGACGCGCCGCCAAUGUCGGCGCCGACCAGUGCGCGUCGCAGCACCGAACCGCCGUCGAGCUGCACCGCAAGCGGUCUGUGA